AUGACGAUCAAGCCUAUUAUAGUGUGGUUGACUCCACCAGGCCCAAACCCGUGGAAGGUCGUCACAAUUCUUCAUGAGCUAGGGGUCCCCUAUAUUAUUAAGUCGUUCAAGUUCGAUGAUGUCAAGAAGCCGCCCUUUAUCUACAUUAAUCCUAAUGGUCGAGUUCCAGCUAUCGAGGAUCCAAAUACCGAUUUAACGCUUUGGGAGUCCGGUGCUAUUGUGCACUACCUAGAGGAGGUAUACGAUAAAGAGAAGAAACUGACUUACAGUACCUUUAAGGAGAGGCAUCUGCUGAAUCAGUGGCUUCAUUUCCAAGUCAGUGGCCAGGGCCCAUACUAUGGGCAGGCCGGAUGGUUCACCGUCCUGCAUCAUGAGAAAAUCCCCUCCGCCAUUGAGCGUUAUCAGGAACAUGUUCGCCGUGUUCUGGGCGUCCUAAAUACUGCCCUUGACGGCAAGCAGUGGCUUGUCGGCGACAAGUGCACCUAUGCUGACUUGGCUUUCCUGCCUUGGAAUAACCGCCUCAACAUGUUACUCGAAACCCCCGCAGGAGAAGACCCUCUGGCCCCGUAUCCCAAUGUACAGGCAUGGCAACAUCGUAUGGAGGCUCGCGAGUCGUGGAAGAAGGCUAUGGAGGUCCGUGAAAUUUAUAUGAAUGAACAGGGCUUGCAGACAAACGGAAUGCCAUUGGGUGUAAAUAAUGUCAAGGAAUAUGAGAAGCUUAUUGCGAAGAACGCCCGAGAGGUUGAGGCUGCAAGGACUUAA